AUGUGCUCUUCCGAUUUCAACGUCGCAAAAAUGGCCGACCGACAGCAAGGAACCGUCAAAUGGUUUAACGACGAGAAGGGAUACGGGUUCAUCACCCCUGCGGAUGGCGGUGCCGACCUGUUUGUGCACUUCAGGGCCAUCGAGUCGUCAGGGUUCAAGGCACUCAAGGAGGGACAAACCGUCUCGUUUGUCGCGGAACAAGGCCAGAAGGGUCCCCAGGCAGCACAAGUCCGACCCGAGUCCGAGGCCUAA